ACGUCGUCGACGUCUUCUUCGUCAUCGCCGUCGCCGUUUCUCCCUGCGUGGCCGGCACUGUCCGAAAAAUCAAAAAUAGCCGAAUGUACGGCAGUCAGUGCGGCGAUGUCGACGGCGAACGACGUUUCGGCGGUACGGUACGGCCGAUGGUGGUGGUGCUGGCGAAGAAGAAGGCGGAGUACUGCUAACCGCGGCCCUGCGAUGCCGACGACGACGACGAGGACGGCGACGGACUAUCCGGGGACGACGAUUGUCCUUCUCACCGUGCUGGCGUUGGUGUCGGCCCUCCUGGGCCACGUUGACGCCGCCGCAAGGACGAAAGCCGAGGAGUCGGCCUCGUCCCGCGGCUCGGCCGGCAGGCAAAAGGAGGCCGAGCCGGUGAUCGAGGAAGUCACUGCCAAGCAACUCGAACGGCUCCUCAACGAGAAGGACUUUGUUGCCGUGUAUUGGUACGCUCGGAGUUGCACUACAUGCGACAAGGUCCUGGCCGAACUGGAGAAAAUCGACGACGAUACAGACCACUUUGGAGUCGACUUUGUCAAGAUCAACGAUAAACGACUGGCAAAGCAAUAUGGUAUCAAGAAUUUCCCGGCUCUUACGUAUUUCCGCGAGAAAGAACCAAUUAUAUACGAUGGUGACCUGAUGGACGAGGAAAAUGUAUUGGAUUUUCUCACGAGUCUGGAAGCGAUGGAUUUACCGGAUCGCAUCGAAGAAGUUAACGCAAAAAUCCUGACGAAAAUUGUCGAGGAUACGGACUUCGUGGCGGUUCUUUUCUGUCCGGACACGGAGCGGUGUGCGGGCGCCGGUUCUAACAAGCCAGACUGCAAAAAGUGUCUCAAGGCCCUGCAAGAACUGGAGAACAUCGACGACGAAGCCGAUCAAUUAGGUAUCGGCUUCGUAAAGAUCGCGGACGAACAGCUCGCGGACGAGUAUAAUCUCGGUCCUCUCCCAGCUCUUGUGUAUUAUAGGCACCAAAUCCCAAUCAUUUACGAACAUGAAUUGAGCAGAGAGGAAGAUGUGCUGGAGUGGCUGGUGGCGAACAAAAGCACGGGAGACGAAGAGGAUGUUAUCGAAGAUGUCACCGCCAAGACGUUAAACACACUGAUCGGAAACAUUGACAAUCUAGUCGUUCUGUUCUACGAUCACGGUGAUGAGGACUCUAUGCAGGUCCUGAACGAGCUGGAAAAGAUCGACGACGACUGCGACAAGCACGGGAUUCAGUUCGUGAAGAUCGACGACGAGAAGGCGGCGCAGGAAUUCGGAAUCGACAAUCUACCCGCGAUCGUCUACUUCGAGAAACAGAUCCCAAAUAUUUACGACGGAGAUAUUGAGAACGAGGAUGAAAUCCUGGAGUGGCUGUUAUCGCAGCUCGAGAAGGAUGAGAUCGAAGACGUCACCGAUGAGAUGCUGGACCGCCUUAUCAAAGAUGGAAAAACCUUGGCCGUGCUCUUCUACGACAACAACGAUCGAAAGUCGCAGAGGGUCCUCAACGAAUUGGAGAACAUCGACGACGAGUGCGAUCAGCUCGGCGUGACGUUCGUAAAGAUCGACAACGUGGAGGAGGCUAAGGAAUAUGGUAUCAAUAAAGUGCCUGCGAUGCUCUACUUCGAGAAGGGUAUUCCGAUGGUGUACGAAGGCAACCUGGAGGACGAGGAGAAGGUACUCAAAUGGUUGGAGCAACAACAGAAGGCCGACCAAAUUGAGGAUGUCACCGACGAGAUGCUCGACAUGGUUAUCGAUAAGAUGCCGCUCGUAGCCGUCCUCUUUUAUGACAAAGAUCAGAAGAAGAGUCAGAAGGUGGUGAGCGAACUGGAGAACAUCGACGACGAUUGCGACCAGCACAACAUAGCCUUCGUGAAAAUCAGUGACACGGAAGAGGCGAAGGAAUACGGCAUAGACUCGCUUCCGACUUUGGUGCUCUUCGAACGGAAGAUACCACACAUUUACGACGGCGAUCUCAUGAACGAGGAUCAGAUACUGGGCUGGCUGUUGCAUCAGAAAAAACACGCCGAGAUCCCGGAAGUAACGGACGAAAUGGUCGAAAAGCUCGUAGAGUCCGCGCCGUACACGGCAGUCCUGUUUUAUGACAAGGACGACAAGCAGGACAUCCGGAUCCUGAACGAGCUGGAGAACAUCGACGACGAGCUGGAGAAGGAGGGCAUCGUCAUCGUCCGGAUGGACAACGACGCCGAGGCGAAGGAAUACGGCAUCGAUCAUCUGCCGACCCUGGUGUACUUCGAGGACAAAAUCCCGGCGAUCUACGAGGGCGAUUUGCUCAACGAGGACGAGGUCCUCGAGUGGCUGAUACAGCAGAAGAACAGCGCUACCAUUGAGGAGGUCACGGAUGAAAUUUUGACGGAUCUCAUAGACGAUCACGAAUACGUUGUAGUAUACUUCAGCGGAAGCUGCGACGAAGGAGAAGAGUGCGACAGUAUUCUCGACGAUUUAGAGAAUAUCGACGACGAGUUGGACGAGACGGGAAUUGUAUUCGUCACCACGGAGGACACCAGCAUGGCGAAGAAAUAUGGUAUCAAGACUUUCCCUACCCUCGCGUUCUUCCGAAACAAGGACCCUCUGAUCUACACCGGUGAUCUCGACGACGAGGACGAAGUGCUGUCCUGGAUCACGGACGAGGACACUUUGGAAAUACCGGGAAAAAUCGAGGAGGUCAACGCUAGGAUGCUGGAGAACAUUCUCGACGAAAACGACUACGUCGUCGUCUUUUUCUACAAAGAAGGCGAUAAGAAGAGCCAGAAGAUUCUGCAAGAGCUCGAGAAUAUCGACGACGAGUGCGAGGAGAAGGAGAUUGACUUUGUAAAAAUAUCCGACGAAGGAAUCGAGAAGGAAUACGAUCUUCCGGGAUUGCCGGCACUAGUGUUCUACAGACACAAGUUCCGGCAGAUCUAUUCGGGUGACAUGAUGCACGAGGAAGAGAUUUUGGAGUGGGUCCUCGAGCUUCGCACAACCACGCCAGAUGUUAUCGAGAGUGUCGAUAGGAAGACGUUGCAAGUGCUCAUCAACGAUGUCGAGCAUCUUGCCGUGUUCUUCUACGACGACAAAUGUGAAUCCUGCGGACAGAUCCUCGAGGAAUUAGAAACGAUUGAUGAUGAUACCGACAAGCACGGUAUCCAAUUCGUCAAAUCGAACGACGCUAAACUGGCGGCUGAAAUCGGCGUUUUCUCCUUCCCGGCUCUCGUUUACUACGAGACCGGCGUCCCCAUCAUGUACGACGGUAAUCUUAAGAACGAGGACAGAGUUCUGGAAUGGCUAAUCGAACAGAAAAGUAAUGAUAGUGAUCGUGAUGAUGAUGACGAUGAUGAUGAGGACGAUGAUGAGGACGAUGAUGAUGAUGAUGAUGAUGAUGAUGAUGAUGAUGAUAAUGAUGAUGAUGAUGAUGAUGAUGAUGAUGAUGAUGAUGAUGAUGAUGAUGAGGAUGAGGAUGAUGAUGAUGAUGAAGACGACGAUGACGAAGACGACGAUGACGACGACGACGACAACGACGACGACGACGACGACGACGACGACGACGACGACGAAGACGACGAUGACGACGACGACGAAGACGACGACGAUGACGACGACGACGACGAAGACGAUGAUGAUGACGACGACGAUGAUGAGAAUAAUAAUGAUGAUGAUGAAGACGAUGAUGAUGAUGAUGAUGAGGAUGAUGAUGAUGAUAAUGAUAAUGAUGACGACGACGACGAAGAUAACGAUAAAAAGUUGAACAAAGCCCUCAAGAAAAUCCUGGACAAAGGCGACGGCUGUUUCUACAUCGGGAUGGGAGGUAAAAGCGCGAAACCCAAGAUUCCCUCCUAUGAGCCCUACCAGUGCUGUCCCGCCAAGCUCGCCCACGGCACCAAGGUCGCCAAGGUCACCAAAAUCAGCCCGAUUGCCAAGGACAAGGGCAAAUCUCACGGCGCCGGCAGAACGGAUAAGCCGCAACUGCCGGCCCUGAAGCCGAUAAACAAGCUCACGGCCAAGGAGAGCAAAAAAUCAGCGACGAUAUCGCCGAGAGUCGACGUCGACGCGAAGGAAUCCAAGUCUAAGGCCAAGAGAGGAUUUUUCGGAAGCGAUGCUUAGCGUAGUAAGCGGGAAGAGAAAGGGAACGUAGGAAAACGAGUGAGCUCGAUGAAAGAUUUUCUGAAGCCGAGCCACACCCCCGCGCGAGGAGGAUCGCCGCAGCGGAGAUGAGACACGGUCACACCUGACUCUUCGUCUUUCGUAUCUCGGAUGCAGGUACCCCGCGGGUCUCGCGCGAUCCAUGAAGAAGCGUCCAAGAACGCGCGACUUCCGGACGAGCAAGAGACGAUCGAAGACACGUGACUUCCACGCGGCUGGCACCGGCGGCUGAAUCCUCCGAGUCCUCGGGAUAAUCGAGCACCGAUUUGCUUUGACCGCGCCGACCGAUUCGUUAAAUUAUCGAGCUACUAAUCGAGCAAUCAACGGCACGUGUAAUCGAUUCAACGCGCCCGCGACGGGGCUAAGGCUAUUCACGAAUUACGAGGAUGCCUCGAUCGUAAUUGUUAACGGCGAGUAGCGAUUUUACACAGAUGCUGUUUCUUAAAUUUAAUAUAACGCUUUGAAAUUUGAAAUUUCUUUCGCUCCAAGACGCAAUUCGGAAAUCAGCCUGGCCCCGUCCUGAUGUUCGCAAAUCCCUCUUCGCAAGUCUAGCUUCCCGUAAGUUUCGCCUGUCGUUGAUCGGUUCGAAACGUCCGCUUCCGGACCACGCGCCUCCCCGAAUGAACAUCGCCGUUGAAGAGGACGGAUGACAAGGGCGUAUUUAAUAUGAAAAAAAAAAGGCGCGACGGAGAGCGCGAGUACGAAUUUUUCUGUCCUCUCACUGAGAGUUGGAUCGUGGACUGUUGCAGUUAUGGCUGGAAUUCCGUACCUCUUGAAGGUCUAAACGGCCGACGCGCACACCAGCGUCUGGGCGCGCGAGGUUCGAGCUGUGAACGACGAUUGAAGGAACGAGGAAAAAGUACUCGCAGGAUGACACAUGGUUUAGUUGGUGCCGUGGUCGCAAAGCUCGCGCGACAGAAAAUGACGGAAAAAAAAGAAACUACGAGGAACAGCUCGGACAAUCACAGCGGACAAAAUUUCGCUGCUGAGCGAAUUUAUGUUGCCAAUAAAAAAAAAAAACAAAAUAUGUCGCUGCCAUUUUAACAAUGUCUAUCGUUGUCGAUUCUCAACAACAUCGCCCACGCAUCAUUGUGCUCGUCCUCGAACUCAUUGACGUUUAUCGUUAUUAUACUCGCGUCAUUAUUGUCAGCGUCAUCGUCAUCAGCACUAUAAAUAUAAUGUCAUCCUCAUCGCCACAAGUCAACGACAUCUUUCUUCUCGAUGUAUUCAUCCAUGCGUCACGCGCAGAAACAUCAAUGGAAACGUCUGCGAGCGAUUUUUGAUAUUUCUGUACAUAUGCAAGAAGCCCAGUUAUUAGAAGCAUCCUACGAUCGAUAAAAGGAUAUUAUAGAGGAAUAAUUUCGCCCUGCACAUUGGCUAAUGUUUACGACACUAAAAGAGAUAUAUUCGAGAAGAGCAACGCGUUCGACAGAUGUGUCAAGUCCGAUGGUCACGCGCGAAUAUAUAGAAUUAUUCUCGCAACGUAUGCAUUUCUUAUAUAGAAUCUCGAUCCUUGACAUCCGGCCAUCGUCUAACGCUGAAUAUUGUUUAUCGGUUUUUUUUUUGUUUUUACUCGUUAACCCGUUAACGUCACAACGAGCGAUACCGCCCACUGUUGCAUUUCAUCGGUAACAUUCGCGCGGUAAAGGGUAGGACUUUCUAGUGUAGAGAAAAGGGAAAUAUAACGGUCGCUGUUGCCGAGACUCUAUCAUAGUGUUCUACCUAGAUUUCGCGGUAUGCGCUUUGGCGAUUAAUUUUUUUUUUAACGUGAGAUUAAUUGUUUGUAACACUAAAAUCUUUCGCACUGGAGCCUCAUCUUUAUCGAUCUCCGUAUGCUUUCUCGGCCCCAAAUAGAAGCCUAUCGAUUCUUGAGCUAAUUUUCCUCUCCUAUAUUAUUUAUAAGACAAGAAGAUCUCAAGAUUGAAAGAGCCUGAAGUCAUGAAUUAGCACAGAGCUAUGAACGAAUGUCUUGCCUAUCAUUUAUCUUUCUAAUACGCGAACUUGUGUGUUUAAGUUAAUCAUUUAUUUUAAAACGAAAUCUUCGUAAACUUUAUCAAAAAUUCAAUGAUAUUGAUUCGAUUGGCAAUUCGAAACUCUGGCAAUUUAAUCGAUUAAAAUUGCCAAAGUUUCGAAGUAUUCGAUAUCAUAAACUAAAAUAACUGAAACUAUAUAUAAAUCUGCCAUCGAUAUCGUGAUCUCAUUUUUGAAAUUUCGGAAAGUAAGAAAUCGAUAAAAAAGAAUACAUUACAAUAAAAAAAAGGUAUUCUAAUUCGAAACGCUAUUUUUAGUUUCGUAAACAAAUCCUAAUCUUUUUUUCAUGUUACAUCGAGGCUCGAGUGAGUUUCUUAUCGCAUCCACUAUCACUAAUCGCUUAUAUAUAGCUGCAUGAACCGACAUAAAAACGUAAACGAAGAAUAGCUUAUCGGCGAUUAGAUCGCGCGACGAAACUACGAUAAAGGCGCUCAUUUAUUUAUUUACUUAUUUAUUUAUUUAUUUGUACAUUGAAAUACCUCUUAACUUCAAUACUCGCCGUUUUGUCGCUCAAUGUCCGAUAAUCUGCGCAAGAUACAAACACGCCACGCUCGAAAUUGUCAAGUCAUAGGUGAGAUACGCGUAAUAAUAUUGUAUAUCCCGACAUAAGAGCGUGACAUCGAUCAUUUUAGACACUUUAGAGAGAUUUAUUGCGUCGUCAACGGAUGAAACCUUUGCGAUCAACGCAAAAUUCAUUGUCGCACUGUAUCUGUGAUCACGAUUAUCAGACGUCAUGAAUUAUUGCUCGUGAACGUUUGUGUGCGAGCCAAUAAGUCCUUGUUAUUCGCAUAAGAAAGCAGCAUGUACGAUAAUAAAAAUCGAUAUUAUACGAUAACAAUAAAUACAUUUCCUAAUA